AUGUUGGGGCUCGAUAUCGCGGCGAAGCGGAAACGCGUGAUUUCGGAUUAUCCGUACAGGCUGGAGUAUCGGACACGAUGGAGCGACAACGACGUCUUCGGCCACAUGAACAACCCGUACUACGGCGUGCUGUGCGACUCGGUCGCGAACCAGUACCUGAUCGAGCGGUGCGGGUACACGAUGCACAAGAGCCCGCAGGCCGCCAUCAUCGCGCACACCUACUUCGACUACUUCGGCAGCGUCGAGUACCCCGGCGUCAUCGAGGUGGGCCUGCGCGUCGCCCGCCUCGGCAAGUCCAGCGUUCUCUACGAGGUGGGCAUCUUCAAGAAGGGCGAACCCCAGGUCAAGGCCGUCGGAGGGAGCAUGCACGUCUGGGUCAGUAAUGACCAGGGAGUGCUGGGGCGGCCGACCCCCGAGGGCAUGCCGGCGCAUGUGAGGCGCGGGUAUGAAGCGUUGAUGGAGCCGGGUGCACUGAGCGGUGAGAGUGGGAAGGAAGACGAGGGAAAGCCGAAAGCAAAGUUGUGA